AUGAGGCAUGGGAAUAUAGGAAUACCUUUUGAGACCAAAAGGAAUGAAAAUGGUACUGUACAUGGUGAUGUUUUUUUGCUUUGCCAAAAAGGUCACUACUGUCCGGAAGGCAGUGAAUUUGCAGUUCCAUGUCCCAGAGGAAUGUUUGCACCAAGUUUUUGGGCCAGGGACAUCAGCGGCUGUAUCAGCUGCCCUCCACAACACUAUGCUCCCACAGAGGGUCUGGCUUCCUGUCUGCCCUGUGGAUCCAGAGCACAACAGCCUCUACCUGGCCAGGAUAAAUGUGUAUGCCUAGGAGAGGGUCAAGUCUUCCAGGCCAGCGAUGGGCAGUGUCAGUGUACUUUGGGGUACCUUGCUACACAAAGAGGAGACGUCUGUGAGCUAAAGAUAUAUGAAAUCUGCAAAGAUGGACAAACACGGGAUCAGUAUGGCAAGUGUCUGGAUCACAGGCAGUGGAAACACAUUUGUACUCAUGAGGUGUGUGCAUCUCCACAGCUGUAUGAAGGCUAUGAUACCUCCCUGAGUCUGUGUGUCUGCAAAAGUCUGACUGACUCAGGAAGAAGUGAGUGCUCAGGAUGGUGUGGAGAUAGGAUGAGACCAGUGUUGCAGCUCGUGUGCAGUUCUGCUGUCCUUACACUGCUUUACACCGAGGCAAAUAGACAGGUAAGUGCAUCAGGAAGUGCGCUUUUAUCUGUCCUCAAACAUUGGGAGUCCAGAGGAAGGCUGCGGUGUGAGCAGCAUCACGGCUUCUCCAGGCCUGUGUACACAAUACAGACGAGGGAAAGUGGCUUCUAUGGGUUCCUCCGCACUGUUCCAGCAGAAGUCCGGAUGUUGAUCUCAGAAGGUAGUGAAGUGAGUGACAGUUUUGUUGAGAUCAUGAACAGCCACAGCAUGGGAAACCAUACCUACACUGAUAUGGAAUUAUAUUGGUCCAUGGGUUCUACUUCAAAAGGAGCCAGGAAUACAGAAGCCACUCAAGUGUUGAACCCGAUAGCUUGCUUGCAUCUGGAAGAUAUUCUUUUAUUCACUGUGACCAGGCACCACUAUCCACAGUAUGACCUUGAGAACUUAUUCAACACAAAUGCCGCUUACGACUGGGGAGUCUUUAGAGUGUUGGAACAAGAGCUCGCAAUGGCACGAUCUGCAAACACCCUCUUUUCUGUUAGCUUCAGUGAGCCUGGUGUGUACGUCCUCAAACUGAGCAGCAAUCAACAUAAGCAUCUGUAUGUAAAGGUUUUGCCUGCUGGAGGAGAUUGCUAUGAGCUUGGACCAUUCUUUCCUACUGAUCCACAUCAUAUGAUACGAAUGGGUAUAAACCUCCAACGGCAGCUCCUGCUGAGACCAGAUUGGUGGGUGAUUGGAGGUCUCUUGGCUGGAGCUACAGUCGUUCUCUGCUUGUGUCUUGUAGUACUGAUCUUGUUCAGGGAGCAUGGCUGGCCAGAAAAGUUGCCUUUUCAGGCCAGAUACCGGGAUUUACAGCUGAAGUACAACAUGGAUGACUAUUCAUCAAAAGGUUCCAGGGUCAUAGCACUGAAAAAGGCACACCGGAACCACCUGGUUGGGAUGAAUGAGGAUCCAAUUUUGAGAGCUGUGCCUGAAACAUUAGACGAGUUCUGGGACUAUGAGGAGCAGGUGAACCUGGAGGCUUUCAGUUCCAGCACCUUCUAUGAGAUCUUGCUUAAACACAGCGUGUCUGUUACCAGCCAGCUUGGGCAACUCAGAGAAGAGGUGAAGCAGCUUUAUCAAGGAGUGCUGGAAAAGAUAUCUGGGCUCCAGACUGACCGAGGGACUAUGGUGGUAGGGGGCAAGCUGGAGUGUUUAGAGCGGCAAGUGGAGCAAGAGAUUGUCCGCAGGAAAAGUUUGGGCACCCAGAUUUCCCACCUUCUGGAAAGCCAGCUUCAGAUACUGCAGAAUGAGUCACGGUCUCAGCAUGCCAUGCACAAGGCUUUCUCACCACUGCUCAGGGAAUGCUUUCGGUUGCUGAUGCUGGUUUCAGACAACGAGGCCUCUCUCUGGAACAAACAUGUCCAGCAAUGUGUUAUGGACAGAGUAACUGUGCUGGCUGACAAGAUGGCAGAGCUGGUCUCAGUGGAGGCGGAGAGGCAGGGUUGCUGGGUCGUGCUCAAACAGGGGACUGGAGCACGUCUUCUGUGCCCCAGUUCUGGAUCAAUCCUCACUAGGGAUGACAUUAUUGCGCCUGAUGGGUCUAUCCGGGCAUGUGAUACUGUCCAUGUGGAUCCAUGCACAGGCCUCAUCCAUCCAAUCUCGAAUGCCUACAUGCUUCUUGCUAGUGGCCACAGCAUGCUUGUGCCCUCUGACUUCAUCCUGCAUCCUCAUACUGGCCGGGUGAUCCCCAUGGCUGGGAAUGUAGGAUUUGACCCUUCCAGCUCCACCCUUGUCUACACAGCCGAUGCUUGUAUGUGUGAGGUUGGAAAAUGGGAGACACCUGUGAUUCCGUUCAUUCCCUACCCUUUAUCUCACCACUCUGAGCUGCUAGGGCCAUCCAAGUUGAGAAGCCUCCAAACAGGCCAGAAGCUUGUAUUUGGGGGACACAUGUAUGACUAUGAAACUGGUGUACUUGUCCCGAUCCUGGCAGUCACCAUUCACCCCCAUACAGGGAUGGUGUACCCAGUAGGUGGAGUUCAUGUGUGCCCUGUAACACGACUCCAGCAGCCCAUUCAAAUUGGUUGUCCGAUGCUGGAUCCUCGCACAGGCAACGUGGUGCUCAUCACAGGUGUUAGUCUGGACUCACAUACAGGUCAGUACAUGUGUACCUAA